AUGGUUCUGGAGCACUUGGUACUUGUCUAUAGAAAAAUUAAAGAAUUUAUGUCGCUUUAUUUAUUAUUAGAAGUGAUAUGUUAUCAUUUGGGAAAAAUACACUUGCCUAAUUAUCUCCAUACAUAUCUGUGCAGCUAAUUCUGUAUCUCCUCUAGCAUAUCUUAAAUUUGCUUCACCCAUAAGACCUUGCAGAGCAGGAGGAAGUGUUCUCUUUUUUCGUUUAUAACGUACUUGCCCUCCACUUUGUGACUUUGAUGUUUUGGACUGAACUGUUUUAUUUGUUUCUGUUUCUUCAUUUUCUAAAUCAUUUCUAAAACAGUUCAUUUACUAGAGAAUAGAAUUCAUUUUAUGAAAGAAUAAAAUUCCAUAUUAAGCUGCUACCUAGGAAUGUCAAAUUCUGCAGUUUCUAAAUCCACAUCUUGAUCCAUUCUAGAAGAAUACUCAGAGAACGUUAACUCUCCAUUUAAAAAUUGUUUUGUCAAUUGGUCUUCUUCAUCUGCAGUUAUUAAUAUAUCAUGAUCUUCUACUUCUGCAUUAAUAUCCAUAGCAGAACUACAUUGAUUGGAAUAAACAUCUGAUAUAACAUUUUGUGAUACAUCUUUUAUUUCCAAAGCUUUUGCUUCAAUAAAUUCUGCCAUAUCGACGUUCAUGUUGCAUAAAGCAUUUUCAUCUAGUUCUUCUAUAAUCACAGGUGCUAUUGCACUUUUAUCAUUGAAUGACAUGUUUUUGUCCAUGAAUUUUUAAUCUAUAUUAUUAUAUGCACUAAAUUAUUCACUUUUCAAUCACGCCACAGAGAACACUAAAAUAAAUGAAAGACUAAACUAAUGUAACUGUGUAUUUACAUAAAAGAUGUUAAUUUUAUAUAAAUACAAAAUAUGCAGUUAUAUAAUUAUACAUGUAUUAUUUUAUAUAAAUAAAAUAUACAUAUUCCAUUAAUGUCACGUCAUUAAAACACUAUUUAAAUAAUAUUAUCAGUAAUCUAUACGUAUUAAUAUCCACGUACUUAUAUCAUAUAUUAUAAUUAAUUUAUAAAAAGUAAAUAUAUAUUAAAGGUUAAGUUACCGCAUAAGUUGUUUACCUUUCAUUCAAGUUUGCGCGAUAAAUAUUACGUUCCUUGCACAAAUGUAACUUCAUAAAUAUACAUUUAUCUCGAAUAUACAAUUAAUACACUUUUAUUUUUAUAUCUACACAAGAUAACAACUUAUUUUUACGAUAUUGACAUCAUCACUCUAUAAUGUGAAGUUCUGUAAACAAUACGAUAGUAAACUAUAUUAUGAUUUGUUUGUUCGUUGUUCAUUGAUACGAUUUAUAUAUAAUAAAGUAUAUAAGAUGUAACACAGAGAAGUAAGGGACGUGAAAACAUUAAACAAAAAUGCAUGCUGUGAAAACUUUGAUUUUUCAUUUGGAAUGGAUUUUUAUUUUAAGAACGUUGAGGUUAUGACAUCAAAACAAGAUUUUAACAAUAAAAAAAACGUCUUUAUGUCAUUUUCGAUUUCUUAAAUAUUAAAUAAGAAAUUACUAUAUUACCUUAUUAUUGUUUGAAACAUUAAAAAAAAGUAUGGACGAGGAAAAUACAAUUUAAUAAAUUAUGUCUUUCUACUACGUGUAAGUUUUACAAAGUAUAAUAUGCAUGAACUCCAAUUAAAAUCAUAUAAACAGAAAUAUUAUAAGUUAUUUUAGUCUUCGAUUUAAUGUACAAAUAUAAAUAAAAAUAUAAUAGCUCAGACUUAAAAUUUUAAAAAUAUUUUCUUCUGUUAUCCUUUGCAAUGUUAUUUUAAAAUAAUUUAUUUUAAAUUAUAUUGUGUUAUAGCACAAAUAAAUUAUUCUGCAUUUUGGAUAUUCAUUUUUUUAUUUAACAGUUAUAUAUGACAUAUUAUAUUAAUUUUCUUGCUUAUUUUUCAGCUGAUAUUAAUAGUAUGAAGCCACAUACAUGUUGGCUAUAUGUCUCUUUGUUAUUACUACUUAAUAUUGUGAUUGAAUCAUCUCAUAAUCAAGUAAACUCAUUAGAAAAUAAUAAUUCUAUAAACUCUGAACUUAAUAAUAUACCUAAAUUACCAAAUCAUGACAAUGGCCUUGCACAAGUAAAAGUUCAUUUUGUUAGCAGAAUUGUUGAAAAUGAGUACAUUGUUGCAUUUAAAGGCUAUUAUAAACCACAUACACGUGAGAAUUACAUAAAAGCUGCAUUAAAUUCAUCUGGUAUCCAUAAGUGGAAAAUUUUAUUUCGUGACAACUUAGCUAGCAACUAUCCAAGUGACUUUGAUGUUGUCCUCUUGGAAGAAACAGAUAAAUAUAAUGGUCUUGAUGCUUUAACUGAUCAUCCUCUCAUUAGAAGAGUAACUCCUCAGAGGCUUGUACAAAGAAGUUUAAAAUUUAUCAAUGCAUCAGAAGAUGCAGAUUUUCCAGAAUAUAAAAAUUUCAAAAGAAAAAUUAAUAAUUAUAACAAUCAGUUUUGGCAAUCAACUAAUCGUCAUACAUCGCGUAGAUUAUUAAGAGCUAUACCAAGACAAAUUACAAGUAUACUCCAAGCUGAUGCUCUAUGGGGUAUGGGUGUUACUGGAAAUGGAGUCAAGGUAGCAAUAUUUGAUACAGGACUAGCAGCUAGUCAUCCACAUUUUAAAAAAAUUAAAGAACGUUCAAAUUGGACAAAUGAGAAGACACUAGAAGAUGGUCUAGGUCAUGGCACAUUUGUAGCUGGAGUUAUUGCAUCAUCUUGUAUAGAUUGUCUUGGUUUUGCACCAGAUGCUGAACUUCACAUAUUUCGUGUUUUUACUAAUACCCAGGUAUCAUAUACAUCAUGGUUUUUGGAUGCAUUCAACUAUGCUAUUCUUACAAAAGUUACGGUAUUGAAUCUUAGUAUUGGAGGACCAGACUUUAUGGACCAUCCAUUUGUUGAUAAAGUAUGGGAAUUAACAGCAAAUGGUGUAAUUAUGGUUUCUGCAAUUGGUAAUGAUGGACCUUUAUAUGGUACCUUAAAUAAUCCUGCGGAUCAGAUGGAUGUCAUUGGAGUAGGUGGAAUUAAUUGGGAGGAUCAAAUAGCAAGAUUUUCAUCACGUGGUAUGACAACGUGGGAGUUACCAUCAGGAUAUGGAAGAGUAAAACCUGAUUUAGUUACAUAUGGAUCAGGUGUGCGAGGUUCUGCAUUGCAAACAGGUUGUAGAACCUUAUCUGGAACUUCAGUUGCUAGUCCUGUUGUUGCUGGAGCUGUGGCUCUUUUAGCCAGUGGGUUUGUAAAAGCAGAUGGAUCUCAAUCUGUUAAACAAAAAAUAACUCCAGCAAGUAUGAAGCAAGCAUUACUUAUUUCUGCACGUCGUUUAUCAGGAGUUGGAAUGUUUGAACAAGGUGCUGGAAAGUUGGAUCUUUUACGAGCAUUUCAUUUCCUACGAUCAUAUACACCGAUCGCUACAUUAAGCCCGAGCUAUAUAGACUUAACUGAAUGUCAGUAUAUGUGGCCAUACUGUACACAAGCUGUAUAUCAUACUGGUAUGCCUACAAUUGUAAAUAUAACUAUAAUAAAUGGCUUGGGAGUAUCUGGUCAUGUAACAGAGCUUGUAUGGCAUCCGUAUACCGGCAGUGGUAACGGUGAGCGGAUUGAUGUAUCAGUAACUUACAGUGAUGUUCUUUGGCCAUGGUCUGGAUGGUUAGCAGUUGCUAUAACAGUUCCAUCAUCAGCUCGUGGUUGGCAAGGCAUAGCACAAGGUCAUAUAUCCAUUACAAUUGAAUCACCACCGAGUAAUGGAGAAGAAAAAGUAAGACAAUCUAAGAUAGAAUUACCCUUGAAAGCAAAAGUUAUUCCUUCGCCUCCUCGUCAUAAACGUAUUUUAUGGGAUCAAUUUCACAAUCUGCGUUAUCCCCCGGGAUACUUCCCACGAGACGAUUUACGUGUGAAAAAUGAUCCACUUGAUUGGAAUGGCGAUCAUAUUCAUACUAAUUUCAAAGAUAUGUAUCAGCAUUUACGUAAUGCUGGUUAUUAUUUAGAAGUACUUGGUGCUCCAUUCACUUGUUUUAAUGCCAAAAAUUAUGGUACUUUACUCAUUGUCGAUAGUGAAGAAGAAUUCUUUCCUGAAGAAAUAACUAAAUUAAGAAGAGAUGUAGAAGAAGAAGGUCUCUCUGUAGUCAUAUUUGCAGAUUGGUAUAACGUUACUGUUAUGAGGAAAGUAAAAUUUUAUGAUGAGAAUACUCGGCAAUGGUGGAUACCAGAUACAGGAGGUGCAAAUGUACCAGCCUUGAAUGAUUUACUAUAUUCUAACUGGGGAAUUGCAUUUGGUGAUCAAGUACGCAAUGGUCAAUUUACUCUUGGUCAACAUCCACCUGUAACUUUUGCUUCUGGUACUACAAUUACUCGAUUUCCAAAAGAUGGAGUUAUUCUUUAUGCAGAAUUACAUGAUCAAGGACAAGAACUUUUGCUUGAAUCGGAAUCAAAAUCUACAGUGGCUGUGCCAAUUCUUGGACUUUUCCAAACUAAUAGUCAUGUAAAUAGGGAAAUGUAUAAUGAUAAUUACAAUAAAAACGAGAUAAUGGAGAAAGAAAAUAUAGAAAAAAAUAAUAUGAAAGAUCAAUCAAAUAUUGUAUCAGGCAGAAUUGUAGUAUAUGGUGAUUCAAAUUGCAUUGAUGACAGCCAUUUACAGAAACCUUGUUUCUGGAUGCUCGAUGCUAUAUUGGAAUAUACAACAACGGGACAUAUCGCAACUGUUUUUACAGACGAAAGUCAAACUAAGACGAAACUUCUUGAGAAAUCUAGUAUUUUAGACAGUAAUGAAUUACCACAACGUAUGGAAGGAAGUUAUUUGAAACGUCAUAGUAAAGUGUUACUGCCUGAAAAUACUAAUGCUGGUCAUAUUAGACCACUUCCAUCUUGCCCUACUAUUACUCCUGCUAUUCCAAAACCUUUAAAUGAAUCUGUUCCCAUAAACCUUUAUAAACCUCAAAAAUUAUUAUCUGUUGGAGACACAAUAGUUGCUAUAAAUCCAGUUUUACAAGAUUCAAGUCCAUUGUGGCUCAGAAGACGUGUUGGAGGUGCAAAUAUUCCUACAGUGCAUAACGCAGAGCGAAAUAAUAUUGAUGAAUUAAAACAAAAUGAUCAAGAUAAUAGCAUAAUACUUACAAGUAAGUGGAGUUACAUGGCAGGAAUAAUAAUUGUAGGAAGUAUUUUUUUCUACUUAUUAAAUCGAUGGAAUUGCUUAAUAACAAAAAGGCAUUCUCGAAGAAAACGAACAGUUGGUAGAUUACGCAGAGUUAUUCAAACAAUUUCUCUACGCAGAGUGCCUCAAAUGUGA